AUUUUGUUUCUGUUUCUUUUUUUUCUAAAAAGUCUUGGACCAAUUGUCUUAUGCAUUAUAUAGAGCCUAGUGGACCUGCAACAAAUCAAUCAAGUAAAGAAGAGGCUGAUUCCCACUUGAUAUUUGUUGGCAAUGUUGAUUAUGCUUGCACCCCUGAAGAGGUUCAACAGCAUUUUCAGUUGUGUGGUACUGUUAACAGAGUCACCAUUCUCACUGACAGAAACGGUCAGCCAAAGGGUUUUGCUUAUGUCGAAUUCUUGGAAGUUGAGGCAGUCCAAGAAGCCUUUCGAUUGCAUGAGUCUGAGCUUCGUGGUCGUCCAAUCGAGGUUGCCGCCAAACGAACCAACGUUCCAAGGGUGAAGCAGUUCCGUCCUCCGCGACAUAAUCCCUACCAGAUGUAUCCAUAUAGCAGGCCUCACAUGCCAUCCUGAUGUUGAGGUUUGUGGACAAAGAAGCAGUCGCAGUUACCAGUGUGUCUCGGAAUGCAACUUUCUACAAUGGACCAAGCUCUACGGACUUCAUAAAUGUCCAUGACAUUUUUCUUGAAUGUGAUCAUGAUUCAAUCAUAUACCUUGGGAAGUCUGUUGAACCAACAAUAUAUGAUCUUUUGGGUGAUCAAGAGGUUUGUAAUCUGGAUUUUUCUGAAAACUUUGUAAUAUCUUCUUGGUUAUUUUUGAA